CUCAAGAUUCUCUCCAGUGAAAUACCAACUCAUACACUUCACCCGCUCCAGCAUGAAAUUCGAUGUAACGCAAACACAUACCUGGGUAUCAUCCUGGACCCAGCACUCCGAUGGGACGACCAAAUCAGAAAUUUUCAAAAGAAAGCAACUCCCCUCCUGAAACCGCUGGCAACGCUUGCAGGAAGCACAUGGGGAGCAGGUCUGAUACAGCUGCGCCAGAUUUACCAAGCUGUGGUGCUUCCAGCACUCCUCUAUGGAUGCUCAGCCGAUCAUCGCCAGGCACGCCUUCGGAUUCUAAACCAAAUCCAUACCAGAGCCAUGGCGGCCAUGACAGGCGCUUUCAGAGCCACAGCGACAGCAGUGUUGGACAUAGAAACGCAUCAGCUACCUAUGAAAUGUCUCCUGGAGAAACAGGCACUGGAAGCGCUAACACAUAUUGAAACAAGCUAGUCUGGAGGUCAGGUGAGGAGAGCACGCGGAGGCGAAGCCAUAGGGAGUGGACGCAUCCGCCCUGGCUGGCGCCCCUGGGAGUGGAGUCCA